AUGGAGCCUGGGAAACUCUCGGAUCCCCCAUCAGACACAGGCAGCACUCCGGAAAACCACGAAGGAAGCCAUGAAUGCUCAGAGUGUGGGAAAUCCUUUCCUCGGCAGUCUCUCCUUUUGACCCACAGGAAGGUCCAUGUGGGAAGUGGAUCCAGUCAAGGUUUGGAGGGUGAGAAAUCCUUCUCUGGAAAAAAACCCAAAGAUCUCAGAUGCCCCCCCAGACUAAAACCUUUUAAAUGUGAGGAAUGUGACUUAUGCUUUGGUCGAAAGCCACAGCUUUUUAGACAUCAGAAAAUCCACACUGGAGAGAAACCUUAUCAGUGUCUGGAAUGUGGGAUUUUUUUCCGUGAAAAAGCCACCCUCAGAGACCACGAGAGAAUUCACACAGGGGAGAAACCUUACGAGUGUUGGGAAUGUGGGAGGAGCUUUUCUCGGAAGUCAUAUCUUUGGAUCCAUGGGAAGAUUCAUGCAGGAAUAAAAUCUUACAAAUGUUUUGAGUGUGGAAAAUGUUUCACCCUGAGUAAAUAUCUUCACAAGCAUGAGAAAACACACAGAGGGCAGAAAAGCGAAAAGUGCCUCGAAUGUGGGAAAUGUUUUUACUACAAAUCACACCUGGUGAAACAUCAGAGAAUUCACACCAGAGAAAAACCCUAUGAAUGCCCAGAAUGUGAGAGACGAUUUGUUAAUUCUUAUGGGCUUCGGACACACCAGAAGAGGCACAAAGGGGAGAAACCCUAUCAAUGUAGGGAGUGUGGGAAAAGUUUUGUUACACAAAGUGAGGUUCAGAUUCAUGAAAGAAUCCACACAGGGGAGAAGCCAUACCAAUGUGGGGAGUGUGGGAAAUGCUUUUCCCAAAAACACCACCUUGGAAUCCAUCAGAGGGUCCACACAGGAGAGAAGCCGUACAGAUGCACAGAAUGUGGGAAAUCUUUUGCUCAAAGUGGGGAUCUUUGGACACAUCAUAAAACACACACAGGGGAGAAGCCACAUCAAUGCAACGAAUGUGGAAAAUUUUAUCGUACCACAUCAACCCUUUGGAAUCAUGUGAAAAUUCACACAGGGGAAAAAAACUACAAAUGUUUAGACUGUGGGAGAACAUUUGCUCAAUCAUGUCACCUCAGAAGCCACAGCCGAAUCCAUACAGGAGAGAAGCCCCAUAAAUGUUCCGAGUGCGAUAAAUGUUUUUCUCGGAAAGAUACUCUUGUGAUGCAUCAGCGAAUCCACACUGGAGAGAAACCAUACAAAUGUCUGGAGUGUGGAAAAUGCUUUUCCCAAAAAAACCACCUUGAAACCCAUCAGAGGGUCCACACAGGAGAGAAGCCGUACAGAUGCAUAGAAUGUGGACGAUUCUAUCGUACCUCAACCGCCUUUAAAAGUCAUAUGAAAAUUCACACAGGGGAAAAAAACUACAAAUGUUUAGAUUGUCGGAGAACAUUUGCUCAAUCAUGUCACCUCAGAAGCCACAGCCGAAUCCAUACAGGAGAGAAGCCCCAUAAAUGUUCCGAGUGCGAUAAAUGUUUUUCUCGGAAAGAUACUCUUGUGAUGCAUCAGCGAAUCCACACUGGAGAGAAACGAUACAAAUGACUGCAGUGUUGGU